AGGCAUCUUACGGUAUUGAAAACGGGAAUUUUAUUUAUUCUGUUUUCUUUUUAAAGGAGAAGAUAAAAGGAUAAGAAUAUUUCAUUAUUGAUAAGUAUAGGCUACAUAUAAAUAUGAGACUUAUACUUAAUGAAAAAAAAACAAGGAAUAAUAAUCGUCGGUAAUGGUCCUUGUGAAAGCUCAUAUUGUGUAAAUAUGAGAAGCGGUCUCAAGACAGUUGCACGUGUAUAAUCAGACAUGGCAGCCGCUGAUAUGAAGAAGACUAAAUUGUCUAAAGCAGUUCUUGGUUUAAAGUUUAUGCAACGGACUGUGAUCCGGCUUGAGAAAGAACAGAACGAAGAUGAAAACAACAGACUCAUUGAUGAUGAGCAUUGGGUCAUUGAUCAGCCAGUAGAGAAAUCAGCUCAGAGCUGUUUUGAAAUCAAUCCAAGCUAUGUUUCCUGUGAAGGUCUGGUCUUUGGAAGAAUGUCAUUUUUAGGUUUCAAUCCUGAAAUUGAAAAAUUAAUGAAAAUUGAUGAUUUAGAGCGUACUGGCAAGAGAGAAGAUGAGACGUCUGUAGGAGAUGAAGAAAUGGCAAACAGGUUCUCACAGAUUGUUCACUCAGGGAAUCUAAAGAGACAUGGUUAUGCAGAGGAUUUGUUAGCAUCUAAUUCUGGUCCUGUUCCUAGAAAGAGAUUCAAACGAAAAUUUCUAAAACCUCUUGAUAUAUAGAUGUAUAUAUUUUU